AUGGCUAGCGUGAUCUCGGACGAUACUCCUCCACCCGGGGUCCAAGAUGGAACGAAUGUGACUGCGCCAACAAACUUGAUAUCUCCUUCCAGUCGGAAGAGAAAGGCUUCCGAGCUAUCUUUGGUUAAAGAGAGCACAGCUGCGUCCCGCCAGAAAAUUACAAGAGCCUGUGACUCAUGCAAAGUAAAGAAGACCCGCUGUACAGGUACGCUUCCCUGCACGCGAUGUACACGUCUCUCGCUACCAUGCAAGUACAAUGCCGCUUAUUCGCGCGGUCUACCGCCGGAUCCUCUACCUGCAUCACCCAGCCCGCUCUCGACCCCAACGGGCCGGCAUACGUCGGAGGCUGCCCGCGCGUCCGGCAGCCCCCAUACGCGGGCAAGUACAAGAGACUCGGCCGUGACCAGCAGCAAAUCACUUCCUAUCCCGAGCCAACACCGUGCUUUGUCAUUGCGGACCUCGCCUGAACCAGGAUCGACGGACUGCGAGGGCAAUUAUCUCGGCCCUGCGUCCGGUGUGUCGUUCAUCAAUCGUGUAUGGAGUCGUCUGCACCAGGAUGAGACCACGCAUUAUCCCGAUGAACUUCAAAAUGAGUCCUCACGGAAUACGGCUGUCUUUAUGUUUGGUGAUAAGCCAUAUUGUAAUUCUCCAGAAGUGGACUUUUCAUUGCCGUCUUUCAAGAGGGCCAUGGAAUUGGUCGGUAUCUACUUCGAUUUCUCCAUGGUGACUUAUCGCUUUGUUCAUAGAGGCAAUGUUGAGGAUUGGACUAGACAGCUUUAUCGGAGUAAUAUCUCGCUCUCUAACCUUCCAGUUGGAAAUAUGGUUGCUCGCACUGCCGUGGUUCUCAUCAUCUUUGCCGUGAGUACUUUGUACGCAGAGCUUCGGCCAGAUGGGGUGCCCAAUGGGCGUAGUGAAAGUGAGCGCUGGUAUGCCGCUUCGAAAUACAUGACCUCUCUCGAGUCUGGACCACCGCGGCUGGAAACUAUUCAAGCUCGACUGGGCCAAUGUCUUUACCUACUGUCAUCUUCGCGGGCCAACGAAUGCUGGUACUCUUUUGGAACCACAAUGCAGGCUGUGACAGCUCUCGGGUUGCAUAGAAAAAUGCCCGCCAAAGUAUCAAAUAAAGCAUACUCCUAUUUGGAACUGGAGCUGCGCAAGCGCAUAUUCUGGAGUGUCUACAUUCUAGACAAAUAUCUCAGCAUUAUGUUUGGACGACCUCGAUUGUUACAUGAUGAGGAUAUCGAUCAAGAAUUACCAGAUGAGAUGAACGACGAUGACCUAAUGGAAGAAGACCCAACAAAACGCACAGGAUCUACUGAUAGUAUGAUGAUUGCCUCGGUGCUUCAUUACCGACUUGGCCGCAUCCUAGGCGAUAUAUCACGACAACUAUACAGCAUAAACACCCCAACACGCGACUCGCCUCUAGAAACCGCCAUCAGGCUAACCUCCGAACUUGAGAAAUGGAAAGAAACCGUCCCACCAUUAUUCAACAGUGUUCGUCCAUCAAGUUUGAUUCCACCCCUCUGCCGACAAAGCCAAGUCCUGCAACUCGCCUACUCACACGCGAUGAUUCACGUCACUCGCUCAUUCCUCCUAACAGACUUCACAGACCUAAGCCGCCGACCCAAAGUUCCACACCCAAUGGUGAGCUCCCAUGUGCAGAAAUGCAUACAAGCCGCCGAAGAUAUCAUGACGAUAGUUGAUAGUCUCGCGCAACAAGGCGUCCUGAUUCAAUCUUUUUGGUUCACGCACUACGUCUGCUUCUGUGCGAUCUUGGUAGUCUAUAUUCAUACUAUUCAACAGCAUCGAGGAUCACUAGGAGGGAGGCCAGGGUCAGCAGCCGGAGCUUCGAUUUCUUCUGCUGGAAGUCCUGGUAACCCGGAUAAGUCGCGGCAGCUAUUUUCUCUCGCAGAGAAUUGUCAGCAACAUCUUGCUGAGGCUACGCGGAAGAAUUGUCCGAGUCGCCGGUAUGGAAUUAUUCUUGAAGAGCUUCGCCAGGAGGUUCAUCGACAGAUUGGGUCGAAUGAGCUCGCUGCUGGCUUUAAAACUCCCUGCCACAGUAGGUAUGAUGCUUUUGAUGCAUCUUCAGAUGGCAGUUAUCACGGGGCUGGGCCCUUUGAUACUCAGACGGUGGACAUGGCCUCCAUAUCAGGGAUGAUGCAGCCCACCGAUCUGGAGAUGACUGCAGGGGAGGAUGCAGGGUUUCUUGAAAGCCUUGAGGGAUCGAUGUGGUGGGCUCAGCUUGAUUCGUGGGCCUUGUCAAAUUUCCCUAAUGAUCCUUCUACAUAUAACUUCUAA